AACGGUUCUGGAUUGGAGACGCGCGCGGUGGGGAUUGCAAUAAGAGCGUCUAUAGGGAACGCACCGAUGAUCCAACAUGGGUUCAAUGCUAAAUGAUGGCCGAGUGACACAUCUCCUCUUCCCUCUCCUCCUCCUCUUGCGGGUUCCCCUAUUGUUGAGCUUUGGUGAGCGCACAUGCCCCAACAGUUGCCGUUGCGAGGGGAAAACUGUUCAUUGCGACUCAUCUGGCUUCUUAGAUGUCCCGGAAAAUAUUUCCGUUGGGUGCCAGGGCCUCUCCCUGCGCUAUAACGAACUGCACACCCUCUUACCGUAUCAGUUUGCUCACCUGGGUCAGCUUCUCUGGAUAUACUUGGACCACAAUCAGAUUUCAGCGGUCGACAGUCGAGCGUUCCAGGGAGUCCGCCGGCUGAAAGAGCUUAUAAUGAGUUCCAAUAAGAUCGUAUCUCUGCACAAUUCCACCUUUCACGGAAUUCCCAACCUCCGUAGUCUGGACUUGUCAUACAACAAGUUGGAAAUCCUGCAGCCGGGACAAUUCCAUGGGCUGCGGAAGCUUCAAAACCUACACUUACGCUCGAAUGGUCUCUCUAACAUCCCGAUUAGAGCGUUCCUCGAGUGCAGGAGUUUGGAGUUUCUGGAUUUGGGCUACAAUCGAAUCAAGGCUCUUACGCGCACCACCUUUUUAGGGUUACAGAAGCUGAUGGAGUUGCAUCUAGAGCACAACCAGUUCACACGGAUAAACUUUUUCCUGUUUCCCCGACUCGCCAACCUAAGAUCACUUUAUUUGCAGUGGAACCGCAUUAAGGUCGUCAACCAGGGACUUCCGUGGACGUGGUAUACGCUGCAGAAACUCGAUUUAUCUGGAAACGAGAUCCAGACCCUGGAUCCGGCUGUGUUCCACUGCUUGCCCAACCUUCAAGUUCUCAACCUGGAAUCCAACAAAUUGUCCAACGUGUCGCAGGAGGCGGUGUCGGCCUGGAUCUCGCUGACUUCCAUCAGCCUCGCCGGGAACAUGUGGGAUUGCGCCACGGGCAUUUGUCCGCUGGUGGCUUGGUUGAGGAAUUUCCGCGGCACGAAAGACACCACGAUGAUAUGCAGCAGCCCCAAGUAUCUCCAAGGAGAGAAAAUAAUGGACGCCACAAGAAACCAUGGUAUUUGCGAGGAAACUGAUUACGUUCUCACCGAGACACCCUCGCCGAUGUCAGAGCUUUUUUCGGAAGCCACCAACGAGCCCACGUUUGCCCCCACAAGCGGGUCUCCACUAAUGCCACCGACCUAUGGUCCACUCCCUCCCAUCGGGCCUCUACCAAUUCCCCAUCCUACACUCCCAGGGCACAUGAGCAAAGAUCCUAGAGACUCAGUAGCUCAUAGUCAGCCCACUCACAUACUCCCUCCAGAGAUGGAGCACAUGACUCUACACAAAGUGGUGGUGGGAAGCGUGGCACUCUUCUUCAGCAUGUCUCUAAUCUUGACAAUCGUCUACGUGCUGUGGCGGCGCUACCCGGGCGCCACCAGAUUGCUACAGCAACGAUCCAUGGUGGGACGGAAGUGUCGCAAAAAGAGCCCAGAGCCAGAGCAGGACCUAAGCACCCAGCUCCAAGAGUAUUACAUGAGCUACAACCCGGCUGCCGCCCCUGAGGCGUUGGACGUGCUCGGCAACGGCACCGGCUCCUGCACUUGCACAAUUUCUAGCUCCAGGGAGUGUGAGAAUGAGUACACAUGUCCACGCCCCUUACCCGGCGCCUGGCUGGGAGAUCUGACUACCAUCCAUUAGGAAGGACCGCUUUGGACCGUGAAAAAAAGCAUCUUAACACAAAUGCGAGGAUAGCUACCCAAAGAACCCGUAAGGAUCAUAUUCAGAUUGAUCAGUGAAAAUAAACUCCCAAGAAAUAUCCCCGAGAAAAACUACGACUGAGAGGUAAUAAUACCUUUUUAAUAACUUCUAAAGGACACGGUCGGAAUUUCCCCGACGCCGACGGCGUGCUGUGGACGCAAAUACAGAAAAAUGACUCAUCUUGACUCUCUGGGAUUUCCGUGAGGACAAUUUGAUUGAUUUCAAAGAAAGAGACAUGCACUGUACAUAUUGUAAGAGGCUUUAAAAUGUGUUACUGGUGAAGAUGCACCCCCUCGACGGACCCCCUGCGUAAUUUAAAAUAGAUUUUGUUUACACAGGAAGCAUCUUACAAGGUCGAUUUUUUUUGUGCCACUUUCACAAGACCUGAUUGGUGUGUAUGUGCCUAACUGGAUCAGAAUCAGUGUGUUUGUUUUUGGGUUUUUUUCUUUGUGUGGAGGGGGGCGUGGCCCGCAGACCUGCAGCGAAGCGGGGUGUGCCAGGACCGGCUUCGAGAUCAGCGACAUGCGCGUAGACGGCCCACCUGGGCGUGUUUAUCUAAUCACCUGUCGCUCUGUUAAAGGCAGCACCCGGGAAGGAGAGAGGGAGUUGACGGUGGACCACGAGACUGAGGGAACACAGACAAUUGCUGGAAAGCAGAAAGACAAUUUAUUACUAAAUAAAACAUUGUUGCAACCAAUGUUCCCUCUAAGGUGCGCGCCUGUGCAAUUGCGCACUGCUCAAGCGUCCUCUGCGCACGGCAAAUCUAUGCCACGCACAAAAUCAAGCGCAUAACAAUUUUCGACACGACACGGACACGACGGAGAAAACAGUUUUCGUCAUCAUUGUUCAAAUAUUGUAACGUCUGUCGAGGACAUGAAUUCCAUCCGUCACCUUACUGAGCAAAACUAUUUAUUGUCGGUUAUAAACACAUCACCAAAACAUUAGUAAAAAAAAAUGAUAUCUAGCAAAACUGGUCAUUUUCUGCAGUACAAACCAGACCAAAAGCAACUUUGUUUGAGCCGCUCGCUCUUUCUCACUUGCGCCAACACAUGCACAUAUGGCACUUAGCCAGUGAUGCGUUUACAGCCACACAAAAAGUCGGACAACUCCAACACCACACAUAAAGUGUCAUUCCAGGUCGUUACACUAUGAUUUACCAUUCAAAUGUGUGCUUAUUCUAGUGUCGUUUAUUAGGAACCUUAAUUUAUAAAUAUUAAUCAUGAAAUGCUGUUAGUAUAUUCAAUAAAUACUUAUAAAAAUAUAUUUUUUACAAACAGGAAGUUGCAGGAAUGUACACAUGAUCCCCUGCUUACAUCUCAUUGUGCAACAUGUGGAUGUUUUAAUGCCGGGGUAUCCAAAGUGCGGCCCGCAGGUCAUUUUUAACGGCCCCACUGCACAUUUUAAAAAUACGAUUGAAAAUUUUUUAAAACGUAAAAAGUGGUAUAAAAGAGCAAACAAAGAAUACGUUGCAACGUUUACUCUUAAUAACACAAAGCUGCCAUGCAGGCUGUUUCUUUCUUUAAAAAAUAAUAAUGAAUCAAAAUCAAUGUCAUUAUGAAUUAUUGGCUCCAAUUACGUCGCGUUAAAUAUUCCACUUUGAGAUAUUUUUGGGGGAAAAUGUAGCAUAUUUUGUGUUUGCCAUAUAAAAAACGGAGCUGUUUUUUUUUUUUAAAAGAAAGGCCUAAAACAAACAAACAAAAAACAUAAACAACAAUAAAACUUAUAAUUGAUGGAUAGAUCUGAAGUUGAUCUCGAGAUUAUUGUGCUAAAAGUAAACAGUAAAAAAAAAUGUAUCAUUUAUUUUUUUAACACUUUAAUGAGUAGGACCCUUUUGGAUCCCCAAUAAUUUUAGUGUGAUUUGUUUUUAAGUGCUGUGAUGAGGUGGCGACUUGUCCAGGGUGUACCCCGCCUUCCGCCCGAUUGUAGCUGAGAUAGGCUCCGGCGCCCCCCGCGACCCCGAAGGGAUUUAAGCGGUAGAAAAAUGGAUGGAUGGAUGGAUGGAUGUUUUUAAGUGUCAUUGCUCAAAAAAUAAUAAUGAAUUAAAAUCAAUAGUGUUAUGAGUUAUUUACCUUUUUAAGGCUCAAAUUAUUAUAUAAUCUCAAAUAUUCCACUUGAAAAAAAUUAUUGGGUGAAAAUAUUGCAUAUUUUGUGUUUUUUCCAUAAAAAAACUGGGUUUUCUUUGAUAAAAAGAGCAUACAACUUAAAUCUUUAAAAACGUUAUAUUGACUGAUAGACCUAAUGUUGAUCUAAAGAUUUAAAACUUGAAUAAUAAUAAAAAUAAUAAUACUGAAUAAUGACACAUUUUUCAUAUUUUUUUGACCAAAACCCUUUGGGGUCCCCGGGAUCAAGCCUGAGUGGAGGCCUGAAUGUUUAUUUGUUAUACAUAUAUUUUAUUGGUUUUUAAAAUAAAAAAUAUCAAAAUGGCCCCCGCUUGCUUUGAUUUGUCAGUGUGGAAAAAGUUUGGACACCCCAGUUUUAAUGGGAACUAAAUGCAAUGUCUGAAAGGGGUGCAAAUUAAUUCCAAAGCAGGACCUCCACCCAGGCAAACAAUACAAGUACACAGUUCAUGGAAAACAAUAUUUUUUGUUAUUGUCAUUGUAAGUGGGGCCUAAAGACUUAUAUUAGAAAUGGAAAUGACUGCUGUCAUUUGAUCGUAAUAAUAAGAGAAUGUUGUCUGUCUAUCUGUGUUGUCCCUGCGAUGAGGUGGGGACAGGUGAUUAGAUAAACACACCCAGGUGGGCCAUCUACGC